GGAUGGAUAAGAUAAAAUAACGUCUAAUCCCCGUGACGCUUCAUCUGCUCUGCUCUCUCUAUAGUUAGGUCACUUUCGGUUGUGGGUGUUCAUAAUCCGUGUAGCCGCUCUGGUUCUUCAAGUGGUCGUGGCUUUUGGCUUUUGCUGUGUAUCAUCCACUGAGGAAAAAUGCAAGGGUCGUUUCGUGCAUUUCUAUCCCACUCGAGCGUAAUCAAAAGCUCAGUUUUGCAACAUGUUCGCAUGAUGGAUCCAGUGUUGCGGCCACUUGUAUUUUCACGCUCUCAGUCUGUUUCAUCAGCCCGGAUUGAAGAGCAUGGUUUUGAAAGCACCACAAUUGCAGACAUAUUGAAAGCAAAAGGCAAAAGUGCUGAUGGCUCUUGGCUGUGGUGCACCAUGACUGACACUGUUUAUGAUGCUGUGAAGUCGAUGACGCAACACAAUGUUGGAGCCUUGGUGGUGGUCAAACCUGGGGAGCAGACAUCAAUUGCAGGAAUCAUCACAGAGAGAGAUUAUCUGAGGAAGAUCAUAGUACAGGGACGAUCCUCGAAGUCUACUAAAGUUGGGGACAUCAUGACUGAAGAGAACAAACUUAUCACGGUCACACCUGACACUAAGGUUCUGCGAGCAAUGCAAUUAAUGACAGUCAGUUGAUUGACAUUAUCAUGGAUGAAUUGCGUGAACUUGGAUUCUUUAACGGCUUGGCAGAUAACCGUAUCAGGCACAUCCCUGUGAUUGAUAAGGGAGGGAUGUUGGGUAUGGUGUCCAUUGGAGAUGUUGUACGAGCUGUGGUGAGCGAGCACCGGGAGGAGCUCGACCGCUUGAAUGCCUAUAUACAGGGUGGUUACUAGAAAUGAUGAUGAUGACAAUGAAAUGAACUUUACUUGCGAAACUCCUUUAGCACUAUUAAAAGCUUGUAAAUAUGGUUUGCUUAUGUUGUGUGCAUCUUCUGUUAAUCGUCCCAGAUGUCAAUUGCUGUGACAUGGAACGGUAGCAUGUAGCUAUCAGUCUGAACUCUGAAGCUUAAUAAUCAUCUCUGUUGUGUUUCUUGGCACCUUGCAGAUACUCUAUUCAGUUCAUGGUGAUUUGUCACAGCUUUUU